AUGUCAUCUUUGUUUGUUGGAGAUGAAGAUGGAGAGGAGGAGUAUACACUGUACGAUAACAGAGACGAAUCUAUAAUUGUACAAAAUCCAAUAGUGAGUGAAGAGGAGAAUAAAGAUGAUUCAAAGUCAGAGCCAUCAAUUCCUAUAAACGUUCAAGAAGAUUCAAAUACAGCAAUAUACCAAACACGAGAAAUAUGUUGUUCGUUGCCAUUGAGGUUUCAUCAAGAAAUAGUCGAGGACAUGUUAUCGAAAGAUGGACUUUUGAUUCUAGGUAGAGGGUUAGGAUGGGAACUAGUGACGGCAAAUUUAUUGCAUGCAUUAAGUGCACCUACUGUUGUUCUUCAGAGAAAUGGACAGGAAAAGCAUACUAAGAAGAGUUUAUUGAUAUUGCUUAAUUCAAGAGAAGAAGAAAUAUUUAAAUUAGGUGAAGAUUUAACUGAACUUCGUUGGAUUGAUAAAAGAAACGAAAUAGCAAAUACGUCAGGGUUCGAUACUCCUCCAUUGAUAACCAUUGGUGGUGAUUCAAUGACAGUGGAUAAACGUAAAAGAGUUUAUGAAAAUGGCGGUAUUGUUUCCGUUACAUCAAGGAUAUUGGUUGUGGAUUUACUAUCUGGAGUAGUGGAACCCAAUGACAUAACUGGUCUAUUUAUAUUACAUGCCGAAAAGGUGAAAGAAACCUCCAACGAGUCGUUUAUUAUUAACUUGUAUCGUGAUGGUAAUGAUUGGGGUUUCGUGAAGGCAGUUUCCGACGAGCCUGAAUCUUUUACAGGAUUUACACCGUUGGCAACGAAACUUAAAGUUUUACGAGUAUCAAAUGUAUUUCUAUGGCCAAGGUUUCAUGUUGAAGUAUCGUCGUCGUUAAACUUCAGGGGUAGGAAUUUGCCUACUCGACAGAAGCAAGAAUUGGAACGUCGGCGAUUUGUAACAGAAAUUAACACUAAAUUAUCGUAUAAAAUGAAUAAAAUACAAUCAGCAAUAUUGUCAUGUAUUCAGGCAUGUCUACUGGAAUUAAAGAGACAUAAUCCACUGUUGGUUACGGAAUACUGGGAUAUGGAAAAUAUACAUGACUCUGACUUUGUACCCCGUAUAAGGCUCUCAUUGGACUCUCUGUGGCAUCGAAUAUCAUGGACUUCCAAGCAGUUAGUUUACGACUUAACUACAUUGAAGGAUCUACUUAAUUAUUUGUUGACUUUGGAUUCGCUAAGCUUUUAUCAAGUAGUUCAAGAAAUCAUCGAUCUGAAUAUUAAAACGACAGGUAACGAUACAAUGAAUGUGGCAAGUAUGAGUCCAUGGUUAAACUUAGACGAAGCGAAUACGAUCAUAUCGUACGCAAAGGAAAGAGCUUUAGGCAAAGUUAUGGUUUCUAAAUCUAAAAUAACGAUCGGGGAUGAAAGUGAAGUGGAUGAAGGUAAUGAGACAGAUGCACAUAUACACGAAUCAGAGAUCCAGACAGAAGAAUAUAACUUAGAAGAGUUACCAAAAUGGGACCAACUUGGAAUAUUAAUAGACGAUAUAAUGUAUGAGAAAUCUCAAAAUAUAGCUAACCAUGGUCCAAUUGUAAUCAUGUGUUCCGAUUCUAAAACCGUUAAACAGUUGAGUUAUUUAAUAUCGAAUAUGAAGGAUAUUACUAUUUCAAGUUCAAGAAGAAAAAGGUUCAGCGGAAGGAAGUUUAUGGUGACCAAAUUAAAUGAUUAUCUUGAGUGGAAGGAGUUCACAUCAUUAACAAGAAAACUUAAUUCUGAACUUGAUAUGAAGAAGCAUGAGGAAGUCUCAGAAGAUAAUGAGACCGAAAGGGCAGCUACUCCCGAAGAGGAGCUACAGACAUCCAAAACAUUCUCUAGAGGGAAAGGACAUCCUUUAAGUAAAAGAAGACGAACCAGAGGCGCAUCAUCUGUAGCAAAUGUUGGCAGAUUGUAUUCGGGGUCUACGAAAGGACGUAAUAAUGAAGCGGUUGAACUUGAUACUGCUAUUGUGAAUAAGCUUAAAGAAGAUGUAAAUGAGAACCAGCUCGAAGAUAACACUGAAAGUGGCGAUUUUAAUUCUGAUGACAAUGCUGGGGGAUUUCUAAUUGACGAGGAGCAAGAUCAAGGUAAACCAGUAGAUAUCCUGGACCUAGACGAUCUAAAUAACGUAUUUGAGUGUAGACCAAGUGAAGUUAUUUUUGAAAAUAUUGAUAAGGACGAUCAAAUUAUUAUUGAGACAUAUAAUGAUAAGACGAAUGAUUCAUUGCUCCAGGAAGUUUCACCGGCAUAUAUUAUUAUGUAUGAACCAAACUUGUCGUUUAUCAGACGUGUUGAAAUAUAUCAAGCUGUAAACAAAGAAUCACCGGCUAAGACUUAUUUUAUGUACUAUGGGACCUCAGUUGAAGAGCAGAAACACUUGAUGAGAAUUAAGAAAGAGAAAGAUGCUUUUACUAAAUUGAUUCGAGAAAAGGCAACCUUGGGUAAGCAUUUUGAAUCAGCAGAGGAUAACAACAAAUUUCAACUAAAGAGAAACCAAGUUGCUAACACCAGAAUUGCUGGAGGUGCAAGGUUUAGAACAGAGGAAGAUGAAAUGAGAGUUGUUGUUGAUGUUAGAGAGUUCCGUUCUUCACUUCCGAAUUUACUAUAUCGAGUUGGUAUAAAAGUCGUUCCGUGUAUGAUUACAGUUGGUGAUUAUAUUGUUUCUCCUAAGAUUUGUAUAGAAAGAAAAGCAAUCCCUGAUUUGAUAUCGAGUUUUAAGAGCGGUAGAUUAUACAGCCAAUGUGAACAGAUGUUCCGGCAUUAUGAGUUACCAACUUUACUCAUUGAAUUUGACGAAAGUAAAUCUUUCUCAUUCGAACCAUUCUCUGAUUUAAGAAACUAUAAGGUUAAUGCCACAAAUCCAAUUGCAACAAAGUUACAACAACAAGACAUUCAAUCAAAGUUGAUAAUGUUAUUAAUUUCAUUUCCAAAACUAAAGAUUAUUUGGUCUUCUUCGCCAUACGAAACGGCACAAAUUUUUCUAGAGUUGAAGGCCAAUCAGGAAGAACCUGAUAUCAGUGCUGCUGUUUCUAAAGGUGUUAAUCAAUCGAUAAAGAUAAGCAGUGGUGAACCUCCUCUCUACAACGAUAAUGCGAUCGACUUGAUUCAAAAUAUUCCUGGAAUCAACAAUAUUAAUUAUUCCCAAAUUAUUGAAAAAGUUCAGUCGAUUGAGCAAUUAGUCAACUUAUCCGAAGAUGAGUUAACAGAUAUAAUAGGGAUAGAGAAUGGUAAGAAGGCUUACAAAUUCAUUCAUCAUUGGGUAAAGUAA